AUGCUCGUGGUUUCUUUUGCAGCAAAAGCUCUGCAGUAUCUGCAUAAGCUCGGAAUUGUACAUAGGGAUGUGAAACCGGCAAAUAUUCUUCUUGACAAAAAUCUGCAUCCACAUCUGGCAGACUUUGGUUUGGCUGAAUACAAGAGAGAUCUUAAACAAGUUUCUACUGAAAGUUGGAAAUCAUCUGGCAAGCCAACUGGUGGUUUCCAUAAGAAGAAUAUGGUUGGGACGCUGAUUUACAUGGCACCAGAAGUAUUGAGGAAAGAGAUACAUACUGAGAAGUCUGAUGUCUACAGUUUUGGAAUAUCUGUCAACGAGCUUCUCACUCGUGUAGUCCCAUAUACCGAUCUUCGAGCUGAGGCACAGGCCCAUACAGUCUUGGAAAUGAACUACACUGAACAGCAACUUACAGCUGCUGUGGUGUCUGAAGGACUACGACCUGUUCUUGCCGGUCUGGAUUCUGGUGCUUGCGCCAGUUUACUAUCACUAAUUAAGAGAUGCUGGGAUGCGGAUCCUGAAAAUAGACCUUCUUUUUCUGACAUAGUUGUGGAACUUGCUCUAAUAUUGGAAAGGGAAGCUGGCUCUUCUAAAUCUCUUGUAUCUCAUGAAGAUUUGGAUAUAGCUAAUAUUCGAAGUUAUCAAGAGAGUAUUAACUGGUUUACCCAUGGUAAAUAUUUUUCAGAAAGGGCUUCUCUACCCUCUAAUGCAGCAAGCACCGGGAUUGAUUCAUCAAAUGAUCCUUCUUCAUACCAUCCAGUGCUAUCUUGGGGUUCCUUCUCUACUUGUGGGAGAAGGGAAACCAUGGAGGACACACACUUUCUGAUACCCCACAUGUGCAAUGAAAAGAAUAUCCAUUUAUUUGGAAUAUUUGAUGGUCAUCGAGGUGCAGCUGCUGCUGAGUUUUGUGCUGGGGCUCUACCUGGGUUUUUGCAAAAUUUGAGUUCCUUGAGCAGUCCCUCUCAUGCGCUUCUUGAAGCAUUUGUUAAGACAGACUUAGCAUUUAGGAAUGAACUAGAUUCUCUCCGUAAAUCCAAGGGAGUUAUUCAGAAAGACUGGCACCCUGGUUGUACUGCAAUCACUGCUCUUAUAGUGGAAAACAAACUAUUUGUUGCUAAUGCUGGGGAUUGCAGAACAAUUCUGUGCCGAGCUGGACAUCCCUAUGCAUUAAGUAGGGAUCAUGUUGCAAGUUGUCUUGAGGAGAGAGAACGGGUUAUUGGUGCAGGUGGCCAAGUGAAAUGGCAAGUUGACACGUGGAGGGUUGGUCAUGCUGCUCUCCAGGUUACGCGCUCUAUUGGUGAUGAUGAUUUGAAGCCUGCUGUAAUGGCCAGUGACGGGCUAUGGGAUGUCAUGAAGAAUUCAGAUGUUGUAAGCAUAAUCAAAGACACUGUAAAAGAGCCUGGAAUGUGCUCAAAGAGAUUGGCAACUGAAGCUGCUGAACGAGGUAGCAAAGAUAAUAUCACUGUUAUCGUGGUUUUCUUGUGUCCGGUAUCUACAGCCGAGAGGAUUUACUAA